AUGACUCAGGGCUCUGCUUCAGGAACGAGGGGGCAGAAUGACAGCUCUGUGGCUGAGUUCAUCCUCCUGGGCUUUUCUAACUAUCCUGAACUCCAAGGGCAGAUGUUUGGGGCUUUCCUAGUUAUUUAUCUGGUGACUCUGACAGGAAAUGCCAUCAUUAUGUCUGUCAUCCUCCUGGACCAGAGCCUGCACAUCCCGAUGUACCUGUUCCUGCAGAACUUGUCUGUGGUGGAAACCGGUUUCAGCACAGCCAUUAUGCCUGAAAUGCUGGUAGUCCUGACCGCUGAGAAAGCAACCAUUUCUUUUGUGGGAUGUUUUGCACAGAUGUAUUUCAUUCUUCUCUUUGGUGGAACUGAGUGUUUUCUCCUGGGGGCAAUGGCUUAUGACCGAUUUGCUGCAAUCUGCCACCCUCUAUCCUACCCGGUGAUCAUGAACAAAAGGGUCUUCAUGAAAUUAGUGGCGUGUUCAUGGCUCUCGGGAACCAUGAUGACUACUCUGCAGACCACAUGGGUGUUUAGUUUUCCCUACUGUGGCCCCAAUGAAAUUAACCACAUCUCCUGUGAGACCCCAGCAGUGCUGGAGCUCGCAUGUACAGACAUUUUUUUCUUUGAAAUCUAUGCCUUAACGGGCACCAUUCUGAUUAUUUUGACCCCCUUCCUGUUGAUUCUCUUGUCUUACAUCCGUAUUCUGUUCACCAUCUUGAAGAUGACAUCCACUACAGGAAGGCAGAAGGCCUUUUCCACUUGUGCCUCUCAUCUCACAUCUGUCACCCUCUUCUACGGCACAGCUAGUAUGACCUAUUUGCAGCCCAAAUCAAAGUACUCACCAGACACAAAGAAACUGAUGUCCUUGGCUUACUCUUUGCUUACCCCUCUACUGAAUCCACUUAUCUACAGCCUCAGAAACAAGGAGAUGAAAAGGGCUGCAGUGAAAUUAUGGGAAAGAAAAGUCGCUUUACCUGAUUUGUUGAGGAGACAUGUGAUAUUCAGAUAG